CAAUCACCUCAACUUCAACAUUCACUCAUCACGAGCUAAAAUCCGACGCCUGUUAGUUCACAUCCUCAUGAACGACUUGGAAGAGUUCGCACGACUGUGGGAGCAUGCAGGCUUCCCUGCCUCUUCCCUUUCUCGUCUCGUCCUUGGUGGUGAUGCCACCCAUUACCUCGCCAGCGGCUUUCGUGUCACGUCCGCCGCGACAAUCUCCAUUGCACUCAGCGCGAUGGCGGCAUCGGAAAUCUACAGACUUCGCACGGGCCAGGCCCAUCCCGUGCAUGUCCACCGCCGCGACGCGUGCCUCGAAUUCGACUCCCCAUCCCACUUUCUUCCCCGUGUCGGCGAACCCCCGUUGAACGUUUGGGAUCCCGUCAGUGGCCUAUACCCCACCGCGCACGGCGGGUUUGUUCGCGUGCAUGCCAACUUCCCUCACCACAAGGACGGAAUAUUGCGAUUGCUUCAACUCCCUUCGACUGCCGACCGUGCCUCCGUCGCCGCCGCGCUCCUGGAUACCGACGCGGUCGAGUUCGAAACGUUGGCGACAUCCAAAGGCAUGUGUGUGGCUGCCUGCCGCUCGCCUUCGGAAUGGGCCUCUCAUCCCAUGGGACAGCAUCUGCAACAGCGCAUGGAAGCCACCCAGCACGUUCCUUUUGCAGUCGUCGAAGGCCAAUCCCCCUUCUCCACCACCACAACGCCAUUCUACCUGCCAGGGUUAGCUUCCCCUCCCUCCAACUGCCUCACGGGCCUUCGUGUGCUGAGCUUGACACGCGUGAUUGCCGGACCAGUAGCCGGGCGGACCUUGGCCUCCCACGGCGCCGACGUGCUCUGGGUGACGGCGCCGCAUCUGCCGUCGUUGCCAGCAUGUGACGGCGACACUUCUCGAGGAAAGCGCACGAUUCAGCUGGAUUUUCGAAAUGCCCAAGACUUGGCCACGUUCCACGAGCUAGUGCAAUCUGCCGACGUGUUCAUCGAUGCAUACCGACCGAACGCGUUGGCUGAGUCCUUUGAGGGCCUCGACAAGGCGUCUCUGCAUGCCAUGAACCCGUCGCUGAUCGUCGCCACGUUGUCUGCGUACGGCACAACUGGACCGUGGGCGAACAAGCGCGGCUUUGACAGCUUGGUGCAGACAGCCACGGGGCUCAACGUUGCGGAGGCGCGCCACCUUGAGAAGAGCGCGCCGACGCCGCUGCCGGUGCAAGCGUUGGAUCAUGCGUCCGGGUACUUGUUGGCGUUUGGGAUUCUAGCUGCACUCCACAGCAAGUUGACAUCUGCGACACCGUCAAACACACACGUCGAGGUGUGUCUUGCGUGGACGGCAGAGUGGUUGCGCCACCUUGGUCUGGUCCAGGAAGGCGAAGCAGUGGAAACGAGUUCGCCCGAUGACAUUCAACGCAAUUUGGAAGUCGUGGACAUGGGAACGCAUCAAGCCAGGUUCAUGCAGCGGUCGCCGAAGAUGACACCGCCAACUCGUUUUGACUUCUACCCCCACUCCCUAGCGCAAGACGUCCCAGCAUGGCUCCCGCGGGGCGAUUCGUAGAUUGAUUGUGACAAUCGAUUGAGAUGUCAUCCGGAUAACUUCGAAGUAUUA